CCGGGCAGCUCAGCGUUGCAGCGAUGUGGCGGAUGCGGAUGCGGCUACUCACUGGCUACCUGGUCCUGCUGGCCCUCGGCCAUCUGUCGGAGCAUGGCGCUCUGGGCCAGAAGUACUACAUGAACUUUGCCUUCAACAACAAUAAUCCGGAUGGAGAAGGAGGCGCAGGCACCGACGGAGGCGCUGCUGGCGGUGGUGCCGCUGGGGCCGGUGGUGGACCCAAUGACUCGCAUCAUUCACAAGAGGGUGACGGUAGUGCGGCGACUGAUAACCCCAAUGACGGCCACGCUACAUCUGAUAAUAGUAUGGAUUCUGAUAGCGAUGGCAGUGGUAAGAAAGAAACAGGAGCUGGCAGUGCAAGCGAUGGCAAGAGCGAUUCCAAAGACUCGAGCGGGGACAAUGCUGCCACGCCACCGAAUGGCCAUGACGAUGACAACGAUGACAGCGACAGCAAGGAUGCCAAGGAUCGGCGUUCGAAGGAGGGUUCGGGACAGGAGCAGAAGCGCAAAGAUCACAGCCACCACAGCAGCUACGAGAUCAGCAUCGACGACAGCUUUGGCGGGCGGUACGUGCGGUCCAUUUACGAGAGCAGCGAGAGCCACGGACACUCCGGCAGCAAUGCCGGCUCCAAUCAGCGGGACAGCGGAGCCCGCGACAGCAGUCAGGAGACCCCGGCCGCCAAUGAAGUGGCCAGCGAAGCCCCUGCUCCACGGGCGGCUCUCGCUGGCAACGUGCCGGAUGGGCCCGAAACUGCAGCCAAGGAGGAUGACUACGAGGAAAUGUAACACCACCGGGAGAUCUGAGCUCAGGUUCGCUCGAGGAACUUUGCAAGGACGCAGCCACUUCAAUUGAUUUUUAAUUAAAAUGACAAUAAAAUUUAAAUACC